UCGGUGCUCGCGGUGAAUGAACGAGCCUGUUUAACAUAUUCAGAUCGACGUCACCGUGUGAAGGUGGAUCAUGUCGUGCGGCCGCUUCUAUAAAACCCCCCGCAGCCCGCUCCCUGCGCACGGACACACGCUCACCGGUUCAGACGGAGAGCAGCUUUGAGCGGAUUUCCCUGCGCGCUGACGGGAGGCUGCCUGCAGUUUACAGGAGGAAAGAGGGACAAUAAGGAGCCGGAGGAGCAGAAAGACGCAGGAGCAACUUUACGCACGGCCGCCGGACACUUUCAGACGGGACGGAGGCGCCGUUACGCGGGCUCCAGACACAGGUGGAUGCUGGGAAGUGGACCGGCUCGGAGAUGUUCACCCUGCAGGCUCAGUUCGGGGCUCUGUGGGCUCUUGGCGCUGCGCUCACCUCGGUGCUGUCCGCGCUCCUGCUGCUGGCGCUCACCCGGCAGCUGUGGAGCCUCCGCUGGAGCCUGACCCGGGACAAAGAGAGCAGCCUGCCGCUGCCGAAGGGCUCCAUGGGCUGGCCGCUGGUCGGAGAGACCUUCCACUGGCUGUUCCAGGGCUCCAACUUCCACAUUUCCCGCAGAGAACGUCACGGCAACGUGUUCAAGACCCACCUGCUUGGGAAGCCCGUCAUCAGGGUCACAGGGGCUGAGAACAUCCGCAAGAUCCUGCUGGGCGAGCACAGCCUGGUGUGCACCCAGUGGCCCCAGAGCACUCGCAUCAUCCUGGGGCCCAACACCCUGGUCAACUCCAUCGGGGACCUGCACAAGAGGAAGAGAAAGAUCUUGGCUAAAGUGUUUAGCCGAGGGGCCCUGGAGUCCUUCCUUCCCCGGCUGCAGGACGUCGUCAAGUCUGAAAUCGCCAAGUGGUGCUCGGCGCCAGGUUCCAUCGACGUUUACAGCGCCGCCAAGUCCUUGACGUUCCGUAUCGCCGUCCGGGUCCUGCUGGGUCUGCGGCUGGAGGAGGAGCGGAUCGUGUACCUGGCUGGCAUCUUCGAGCAGCUGAUGAACAACCUGUUCUCGCUCCCAAUAGACGCUCCGCUCAGCGGCCUCCGCAAGGGAAUUAAAGCCAGAGAAAUCCUGCACGCCAACAUGGAGAAAAUCAUCAAGGAGAAGAUGGCGCGGCAGCAGGCGGAGGACGAGUAUCAUGACGCCUUUGACUACAUGUUGUCCAGCGCCAAAGAGAUCGGACAGGAGGUCAGCAUCCAGGAGCUGAAGGAAACAGCAGUCGAGUUGAUCUUCGCCGCUCACUCCACCACAGCCAGCGCCUCCACGUCUCUGAUUCUGCAGCUCCUUCGUCACCCUGCGGUGGUGGAGAGGGCCGGAAUCGAGCUGGAGGCCGAGGGCUUGGGGUACGAACCCCACAGCGGUCUCGGCUCCUCUGGCGCCACCACGGAGAAAGACACUGACGCCGGCGUCACAGAGACGACCUGCCUGCUGAACGAAGUGUGUCAGAAUCACAGGGACCAGGACGGUUUCCCACAGUCCCAGUCCCACAUACCGUACCUGAGCCUGGACAAGCUGAGCCAGCUGCGAUAUGUCGACUUUGUCAUCAAAGAGGUGCUGCGCUUCCUGCCGCCAGUGUCCGGUGGUUACCGCACGGCCCUGCAGACGUUCGAAUUAGACGGCUACCAGAUCCCUAAAGGCUGGAGUGUAAUGUACAGUAUCCGUGACACCCACGAGACCGCAGCCGUCUUCCAGAGUCCGGAGCUGUUCGACCCAGAUCGGUUCGGUCCGGACCGGGAGGAGAGCAGGUCGGCUCGGUUCAGCUAUGUGCCGUUCGGCGGCGGCGUGCGGAGCUGCGUGGGGAAAGAACUGGCACAGAUCAUCCUAAAGACUCUCACUGUGGAGCUGAUCGGAACCUGCAAAUGGGCUCUGGCCACAGAGAACUUUCCAAAGAUGCAGACGGUGCCGAUCGUGCAUCCAGUGAACGGGCUGCACGUGCACUUCACGUACAACCACACACUUUAGACACAAACUCAGACUGACGAACCUUUUCAAAAAAUAAAGAGAGAACUCAGUCAAGAGGAAAUUUUACCUCCAAUCCUGAUUCUGGAAAUAUCGCCGAACACGAGAAAGGAGGCAAAACCACGGUGACUGAUGCUGCAGUUCACGCCCCCUCUCGUCUCCAUGGAGAUGAACAGCGUGAAUUACCUGGCGACAACAGGGUGCUAUCAGGCGAUAUAUAUACAAGAUUUCAUGGAUGCACGUCGAGCCAAGAAACUAAGUUCCGCACAAGCUAACAGAUCAGUGAAGCUAAUAACGCUAACCAUAACUACACAACUACUCACACAACUACACGACUGAUACCUGUGACAGAAUCAACACACACGCACCUCCCUCGACUCACCUGUGCAGACGCACCAGUGUUAGCUACAGGCGUCUCUUGCUAGCUUAUUAGAAGUUAACGCAAAAAACAAAAACAAAAAAAACACACCUUUCCAGGUUGUGUGACGGGUACAUUUGGUUUUUCAUUGUGGAACAUUGAGGACAGCACCCCCUCUUGGUAGCAGGUCGUACCAGCAACAGCCUGUUAUUCAACGGCAAUGACAGAGGACACACCACAUCAAUAUCUUAACUUAUAUCUGUAAAUUCAUAUUUUUGAUGAUGAAUACUGAAAAAUUGUGAAAAAUCUUUUUGUAAAUAUUUUCCAGACGCUUGUAUUUCCCACUCAGGAGAUGAAGAAGAGGUUUACGUUGGUAGUUCGGAGCAUUUCAUCUUCUCUCCAGUCUGGUUCUGAAACACUUUUUACCACAUUUUUAAGUUAUUUAUGCAUCAAGGUCACAUCAGUAAGAAGCGCUAAGUCUCUGAAAGCUUUUCCACGUUCUUUAACAGUUCAGGUGUAACAUCAUUUUCACCGAUAAAUGGUGUUUUAGAGUCAAUUAAGCAAAGUCGCCUUCAGCUAUUUAAUAUUCUCUGCAUCUUUAGUCUGUAAAUACAUUUUAACUUAUUGAAAUAUAAAGACAGUGACAGUAAGUCUAGUUUGACAUCCGAGACCGAAAUGUGCCGUUAAUUUAGUCUUGAUACUUGUUGUGGUUUCUGCACGCGGAGCAGAAACCCGAGAGCUGUCCGUGUUUACGUUAACGAAACUUUAUCGAUUCUCCGACAGCUUUUUUAGAAAACUCACCAAGUGCAACUGGUCAAAUUUUGCAUCUCGGGAACUCGCCCCCUGAUUGUAACAAGAUUUUUUUAACCGAAUCCGUUUCUUUGUCUGUCCUCAUUUUUAUUUUCAUCUUUGGCCUUCGAUACCUGAGACGUGGACAUGUUUUACCUGUGCAGAAACAGAAAGAUGAGAAACAUCUGGACUCACGUUCGUUCAGUCCCACGAUGCAACAAGAAACCACAGAAACACGUUCACUGAUGGAACUUGCACUUGAUUUUAACUCACAAUCAGGAACUUCUCUGAACGUCUAAAUACAUAAAAAACUACUCUGUUGUCUUAAUAUGAAUGUGUUAUACUGUAUAUCCUAAAAAGUGCUAUUAUUGUGUGUAUGAAAUGAAGUAGCAUUAUGAAUAAGCUGUAUUUAAAACGCAGAUGUAUCCUUUCUGUUUCACUCUCUGUAAUAUGAAUAGAUAGAGACACUAACCUGUAAAGUCCAGAAAACCUUGUUUCUCUGUUAGAAACUGUCUUUGUUUAGAGCAGCGUUCACUGAGAGUCAACUUAUUAAUAUUAUUAUUAUUGGUCUAAUUCUAAGACUGUGUGUGUGUUGGUUUUGAAGCCUAAUGAGACGCGCUGUGAAAUGUUACGUACGAUGGAUCUGUGGAAGGAGAUAGCACUUUCUCCACUUUAAGGAGUCUGUAUAUAUUUGUCCUGUGUGUUGAGUGUGUAGCUGCUGUACAGUCGAUGUAAAGAGUAAAUUAGAAGAUGGUGAAGUAUCUUGUUCUCAUCAUGUUUAAUUUUAUAUUUCUUACUGUAACUGAAUGUCUAAAUAUUCAUACAAACAUAAAAUCCUGACACUG